GAGCGGUUCCUCUAGUUACCGGGAAGGCGCCAUGUCCCAGCAAGGGGCCGCGCUGCAGAGUUACAACAACGAGCUGGUGAAAUUGUGAGGCUGAGCCAGUCAGUUUACAACUUUUACAACCUCAACAUCCCAAAAUAAGUCGCAGUGCCAGUGUGAAGCCAGGGUUGUAGGCCGCAUGUCCCAAUGACUAAUGGAUUGUAUCAAGCAACACAUCCUGUUGACCAUUCGGAGCAGUGCACUCAUGCUGAAAGAAGUCAGAAAGUUCUUCUUGUUGACCAACCUGAGAGAUGGAAGAUGAGGUUCGAUUCGUCACCUUGGGUAUCGAGGAUUUGUGUACAAAGCGAGAAGAGCUGAACCAACAAAUCCUACAAGAAGAGGAAGAGAAGAACAAGUUGCAGAAUGAUAUUCGCAUUUUGACAGAGAAACUUGCUAAGGUCAAUGAGAGUCUGGCACGCAAAAUGGCAACCCGAAAUGAAUUUGAUAGAACUAUUGCAGAGACUGAAGCUGCUUAUAUGAAGAUCCUCGAAAGUUCACAGACCCUGCUCACUAUUCUGAAGCGGGAAGCAGGGACUCUAAAUCAAGUCCAUGAGAGUGCUGACACCAAGGAUUCUUGACUCUCUAAAUCAAUCAGCUUCAGAGGAGCAGUAAUCACCAAGAGAUGGAAUCUGAGAUUGUAUCAGUGAGCAACACAGAAAAUAACUAAUGCUGGAUCGUUUAUAAACAAUUUCAGAUUCUAGCAGCAUUGAAUACUAAACUUGAAUUUAUUUAUUUUGUAAUAAAAUUUCUAGAUAUGAAAAA